UAACGUUUGCAGAAGAAAGUUAAACGCAGCAUUCGAAUUUAAGGCAAUUUGUCUGAAGACCGAUUUCACAAUUAUUCCAUAUGUGGAUUGUGAAAAAAUGUUACAGCUCGAUAUAAGAGAUGUGUAUACGAAGGAAAAGACAAGCGAGUCAAUGGAUAUUUCAGAUGGUCAGAAAAUAUGUCGAUUGUGUAUGGAGCCAGUAGAAAGUGAGUUUAGGUGCAUUUGUCAAGAGGAGCUUGAAGUUAUCGAGAAAUUGGCUCCUGAAAUGAAUAUAAAUAUCAUCAAAGAUCCCGUUGUAUGUAAGGAAUGCUUUGAUUCUGUGUGCACCCACAACAGUUUCCUAAAAAAUUGCUGGGAAGUACAGGAAAAAUUUGGAGGUAUUUUUAAUAGCGCAGCAACAGAGAGUCAGAUGGAUACGUCAUCAUCUGAUUUAUUCGUUAAGACUGAAAACGAGGACAAAGAAUUCGAUAUUAACCAGAUGGAAAUGUCGAUCAAAGCUGAAAGUAUCGACAUAAAAUCGGAAGAUGAGGAAGGGAGUGACUCGCUACUGCAGAGCUCCGAUAGUGAAUCAUUCGAGAAGAGUGUCCUUAGAGAUGAGGAAGAGGAUGGAUGUAAACAUGAGAAUAGAGCGACAAACGAAUGUAAUACCAAAGUCAACCAGGACGACAAAGUAUUUUACAAAUGUGAUAAAAGUAUUUACGAUCCUUUGCAGGUUCAAACGUACAAGUGUAACGACUGCAAUUACAAAAGUAUAUACAAGAGUAAUAUAAAACGACACCAACUGAAACAUAAAGAUCCUUCUCGGGUUCAAAUGUACAAGUGUAACGACUGCGAUUACAAAACUAAACACAAGAGUGAUAUGAAAAAACACCAACUGAAACAUAAAGAUCUUUCACAGGUUCAAAUGUACAAGUGUAACGACUGCGAUUACGAAACUAAAUACAAAGGUAAUAUCAAAAAUCACCAACUGAAACAUAAAGAGCCUUGGCAGGUUCAUGUGUACUGGUGUAAUGACUGCGAAUACAAAACUAAAUACAAGAAUGCUUUCAAACUGCAUCAACUGCAGCAUAGAGAUCCUUCUCAGGUCAAAAUGUACAGGUGUAACCACUGCGAUUACAAAACUAAUUCCAAGGAUAAUAUGGAACUUCACGAACUGAAACAUAAAGAUCCUUCGCAGGUCCAGAUGUACAGGUGUAACGACUGCGAUUACGAAACUAAAUACAAAAUGAAAUGAAAAAACACCAACUGAAAC